CUCCGGGGCGGGGCGAGCGGCAGGCGGUGCCGGGCCGGCCAAGUUGGAGGGCGCCCCGCCCGCCCGCCCGGCGCCCUCCCCGCCGGGGCGCGCUGCCCCAGCUCCGCGCUCCGGGCCACACCGGGGAGGGCGCGCGGCGCGGCGCGGCGAAGCCGGAGGGGAGCUCCGGACCGCGAGGUGAUGCGGGCGGCGGCAUGGAGUUCCCGGGCCACGGCGGGCGGCUGCUGGGCCGCCUGAGGCAGCAGCGCGAGCUCGGCUUCCUGUGCGACUGCACCGUCCUGGUGGGCGCCGCGCGCUUCCCCGCGCACCGCGCCGUGCUGGCCGCGUGCAGCGUCUACUUCCAUCUCUUCUACCGGGAGCGGCCGGCGGGCGGGCGCCACACGGUGCGGCUCAGCGGCGGCGUGGUCACGGCGCCCGCGUUCGCCCGGCUGCUGGACUUCAUGUACGAGGGCCGCCUGGACCUGCGCGGCCUCCCCGUCGAGGACGUGCUGGCCGCCGCCAGCUACCUGCACAUGGACGACGUCGUCAGCGUCUGCAAGGGCCGCCUCCGGGCGCAGGGCCGCGCGCCGCCGGUGACCCCGGCCCCCGGCGCAGAGCCCGCGCGCCCGCCGCCACGCCCCCUGCCCGCCGGGUCCCCCGAGCUCCGCGCAGCGGCCCAGAAGACCAGGCUGCCCGGGACCGGGCUCAAGGCCGCCAUCCCUCCAGGGGCGCGGGGGCCCCCUCCCUGGCAGGCCCCGGUGGAGUCGGACCGGGCACUGGACCUGUCCCUGAAGCCCGGCCGGAGGCGGGAGCCAGGCCGCCCGUCCGCUGCCCUCCAGACCCCGCCCUGCGGUCAGCGGCCGCGAGGGGCCGGGCCACCGGUGAGGGACCAGCAGGACUCGCCGUCGGGGCCGGACCGCGUGGGCCCCCUGAGCCCCCCCAGCCCCCUGCAGCCUCCCCGCGUUCCUGCCGCCCGGCGCCUGGCGGGAGGCCUGGAGCUGCUGCCCGGGGGGCUGGGCGGCCGGGAGCUGGAGCUGGACGCCGGGCGGGAGGCCGCGGAGGAGGACCCGCUGGCUCCCGGCGGCCGCCUCUGCACGUGUCCGCUGUGCGGCCAGCCUUUCCCCAGCGCCCACGCGCUGCAGCGGCACCUCAGCGCCCACUUCCGCGAGCGCGACAGUGCCCGCGCCCGGCUCUCGCCCGACGGCGCCGUGCCCACCUGCCCGCUGUGCGGGAAGACCUUCUCCUGCGCCUACACGCUCAAGCGCCACGAGCGCACCCACUCGGGCGAGAAGCCCUACGCGUGCGGGCAGUGCGGCAAGAGCUUCCAGUACUCGCACAACCUGAGCCGCCACGCCGUGGUGCACACGCGCGAGAAGCCCCACGCCUGCCGCUGGUGCGCGCGCCGCUUCACGCAGUCCGGGGACCUCUACCGCCACGUCCGCAAGUUCCACUGCGGCCUGGUGUGACCCUCCGCCGCCGGGGAGGCUGGGGCGGCGCUGGGUGCUGUGCGAGGGGCCCGGAGCUGGUCGGCGGGAGCCCCGGGGCUGCCCGCUGCUCCCACUUUGUGCCCUGUCUGUGACGCUGUCUUCCUCUCCUCCCAGUUCUGGGGGUGUCGCAAGGGCCCCCGAACUUGGCCCAGGCACCUCGCCUGGGGCAGCCCGCGUGUCCUGCCUUGGGGACUCCCCUGGCCCCCUUAGGGGACCCUUGUGCAUCUGGCCCCACUUGGCGAAGGGUGCACAUCACAGAAGUUGUCAGUGAGGCCCCUGCGGGGGAGGCCGGCGCACUGGGGGGCCACGAAGCCUGGGGAAGCAAGCGGCUGGGGGGUGCCAGGCUGGGGGGGGCGGCCAUGACCCCCACCUGUAGCGCAGGCGGAGAAGUUGGAAUUUGGAAAGGGUUCUGUUUAGAGGCAGGGCCUCCGAGUCUGCCAGCUGCCCGCCCUGGCCGUGGGCCGUGCCCCUUCCCGCCUGAGCAGAGGGUCCAGGCCCUCAGCCUGGGAGGGGGCGCUGCUGGGCCACCUGCUCAUCCCCCAGCCGCUGGUCACUUCCAGAGCAGAGAGGGGGCGAGGCUGCUCCCACCAGGGGCUGUGCCUGGAGGGGUUCCGUCCCCGCAGGCGGCCAUUGCAUGUGCUGGCUCAGGGCAGGGCCCCCGCCGCAUGCACAGCCCCCGCCUGUGGACGUUGCUGUGUCCGGGCGGCCGAGGCCACCCUCCCUGCCCGCCUGCGCGCUGGGCAAAUCCCGCUGCUGGAACCCCUGGCUGUGGCCGCGGCAGCCCCGGG